AUGUCAAAAGAGGAAAUCAAGAACGAAUUGACAAAGUACGAGCCUACUCCAGAAGAGCGCACUGUCAUUCGAGGUGCUGUCUUCAAUGUCAUUUCCCUUGCAACGGCUGGUGCUGGUUCACUUGGAUUGUCUGGCUAUUUAUGGAACAAGUCGCGCCCUAAGCCUACAGGCAUUCCUACUAUUUUGGGUUUCUUUACGGGUCUUGCAUUGGGUGGUGCAUUAGGCAUGGAGAAGGGCAUGCGUACAUUACGAACGAACCUCCCUAUGGAUUCAAAGUUACUUGCCAUCAUCCGAGAAACCGACCAGUUGCGUGAACAUCCUCCACUUCCACCACAACUUGAUCCACAACAACAACAACCCAAACCAGCUGCUAGCGGUGAUGAGCAAUUCCUAUCCGAUGAAGCAGUCAAGGCCGAAGAGCAGAAAAUGUUCCAACAACAUGAACAAUCAUCAUCAUCACAACAACGAUAA